AUGAGUACCACCAGAUCCUUCCUCUCCCGCGCCAUCCGUCUCCAACAACACAGACCAACGCACCUCUCGCGACCCCUCUUCUACCGGCAAUUCCACGCCUCCCACACCCACUUCGUGAUAAAACCCUUCCUCCUCGCAGACAUCGGCGAGGGCAUCACCGAAUGCCAGCUCAUACAGUGGUUCGUGCAGCCCGGCGCGCGCGUCGAGCAGUUCGACAAGCUGUGCGAGGUGCAGUCGGAUAAAGCGAGCGUGGAGAUUACGAGUCCGUUCGAUGGGGUGAUUAAGAAGUUGUAUUAUGAGCCGGAUGAUAUGGCGUUGACGGGGAAGCCGUUGGUGGAUAUUGAUAUUCAGCAGGAGUUGAGUGAGGCGGAUGCGGCGAAGUUGGGGGGUGGUGGGGAGGAGGGGAAGAAGGAGGAGGGGGCGCGAGAAGAGCAGAGGGUGGAGGUCGAGGCUGAGGGGGUUGGGGCGGAGCAUACGCCUGAGAGUGAGGCUUCGUCUGGGAAGAGUGAGUCGCAGGAGACCCAACAACCUCCGCCGAGGGAAUCGAAGGGCGACAAGGGCUCGUUGGCUACACCUGCUGUGAGACAUCUUGUCAAGGAGCAUGGCGUGGAGAUUACGGAUAUCAAGGGGACAGGAAAGGAUGGUAGAGUAUUGAAGGAAGAUGUCCAUCGACACGUUUCACAACGGGAUCAAAAGCCCCAAACACCAACAUCGAAAGCACCAGUCGCUACCAAAGAAGAUCGCAAAGUACCGCUUACGGCUGUACAAAACCAGAUGUUCAAGACGAUGACCAAGUCUUUGAAUAUCCCACACUUCCUAUACACCUCUUCGCCCGAUAUGACAGCGAUCACCGCCCUACGGAAGAGACUGAACGCCGCUGCUUCCCCAGACGAGAAGCUCACACACCUUGCUUUCAUCAUGAAGGCCAUCAGCAUAGCCUUCGCACGGCAUCCCCUCCUCAAUGCCUCGCUGGACACCAAGGACCCGAAGAAGCCUGAGCUUACCUACCGUGGCAGCCACAACUUUGGCAUAGCGAUAGACACGCCUUCAGGUCUUUUGGUACCCGUUGUAAAGAACGUGCAAGAUCUCAACAUAGCCGAGAUUGCUUCGACGAUGCGACAACUUUCUCAAGCAGCACGGAACAACAAGCUAGCGCCUGGUGAUUUCAGCGGUGCGACGUUCACAGUCUCCAAUAUUGGCUCUGUCGGAGGUGGUGUAGUAUCGCCAGUGAUAUCAGAACCGCAAGUAGCCAUUGUCGGCGUGGGCAGAAGCAAGAUCGUACCAGCAUUCGACGAGAACGACGAGCUGAUCAAGAGAGAAGAGCUCGUCCUAAGCUGGAGUGCCGACCAUCGCGUGGUAGACGGCGCGGAAUGUGCAAGGUGUGCAGAGCGAGUCAAGUCGUUGCUGGAAGAUCCAGCCUCGAUGCUGGUAGAGCUACGGUAG